UAGACGUUGCCUUCUUAUACAAAAGUCGAGGUGAAAAGUGAGCGACCAUAAACUUAAAUUAUCCUGCAUUGUUACCAUAAAGAAAGUUAUGGAGGUUGAAGGCGAUGAAGAUGACCUUGAUCAGUUUAUGGAGGUGGUCACUAUGUACAGGUGUAAAUUCUGCAUCUUUACAGCAACCAGUCCUCGAGAGAUGGCGCUGCAUGUUAAACAUACACACAUCAAGAAAUCAACAUUUACAGAAAUUGUCUCCCCUGUAACGAGUGCUACACCGACCAGUCUGCCGAUGGAUAACAACGCCAAACCAUCAGAUAACCUUAUACUACAAAGUGGUAAUCCUACAAUAUCAAAGCUUGAUGUUUCAUACAGACGCACAGACGCCCUAGAGUCGAUAGCUUCAGAAGUCAACUAUGACAACAAUGGUAUUGAUAUAAAUUCUACAAGUGAAUCCUCGCAGAGUUUAUAUACUAAUUUGUCACCAGUCAGUUUGCCUAUUUCUACUAGCAACUUGUCGACACACAAAAAUAUGAUUAUAACUUUAUCGAAUAAUAACCAGCAAACAGUACUAGAACAAACUCAGUCAAAUAUCGUACCAGAAGUUAGCAGUUCAGAACAACAGACUAAUGAUUACCAGUUCAUUUGUCAGAAUUCCGACGGACAAUAUAUAUUACAAAACUCGGAAAAUGUCCAGAUUGGUACCAAUGGGAUGGUGCAUGUUCUGGUGCAAGAUUCUGGUGCCGAACCUUCGCUCACCACGGAUGCUUUGACAGAAAAUAAUGAGGAAAGUUAUAUGGUGGCAGGAAGUUUAAACGAACCUUCCAGUCUAGAGACAGAUGUUGACACACUGAAUACAGGAGAAGACAACUUGGCAGAACUAAGACAAACAGACACCCAGGACGACAUUGUUACAAAAGAAUUGUAUCUUUGUGGUAACUGCAGUGAGGGAUUUGCUUCCAUUCAGGCUUGUAAGGAUCACAUGACCAAAAUUCACGAAGUGACAGAUUUUCAGACAAGUUGUCGAGUAGAUGCCGGAACACAAGUGGAACCGAAGAAGAAACCGGGUCGUAAGAAGAAAUCGGAUCUCAUCGAGCAAGUGAAGACAGAACCGGAAGAUAUUGUGAUGUCAGAAUCUGACGAAGAUUGGGCCGAACAGUUGAUGUCAUAUUCAACACGCAGCAGACGGAAAAGAAGACCUCCACAGGCCUUGAAGGAUGAUUACUAUCUUGGGCGUACCAAGAGAAAAGAACAAAAAAAGAGGGAACCAAAAGAACAGAAUGUUAGAUGUGAAAAGCCUGGUUGUGGGUUAGGAUUUAAAGAUGAGGACACCAUGAGACAACACGUUCAGUGUCACAUUGAAGAUGCAGACUUAACUGGGCCGCAAUUCCGAUGUACAGCAUGUGAAGAAAAGUUUGAUACAUGGAGAUUGGUGAGACAUCACCUGUGGAAGGAGCACAAGAUCUCCAUAGAUCUCCUCAACUGUCCUCAUUGUCCAAUCUAUAAAACUGAUACACCAUCUAAAUUAAAGAUACAUCUAGAGACACAUGGCAGCGAGCGUGCCUAUGCAUGUCCAGUAUGUGGUAAAACUUUUAAACAAUUCGCUCAGAUGAAGAACCAUGAAACAUGUCAUCUUCCACAAGAUAUAGUCAACUCUAAGUCAAUGUCAGACAGAUGGUAUACACCAAAGACGUGUAAUAUUUGUGGUCGAAGAUUUGUCAACGUAAAGUGUAUGAAGAAACACAAGGAAGUGGUGCAUGGUGGGAAAAAAGACUUCAAGUGUACUUACUGUAGUUAUGAGUGUUCAAGGAAAGCCAUGUUAGUUCUUCAUCUUAGAAUACACACAGGGCAUAAACCAUUCAAAUGUGAUCAAUGUACAUAUUGCUGUGGGGACCACAACUCUUUACGAAGACAUAAGAUGCGUCACACGGGACAAAAACCCUACAGAUGUCCACAUUGCCCAUAUGCCAGUAUACAAGCUAUAUCUCUCAAAGUUCAUGUAAAAAAUAAACAUCCUGGUAUGGGAGGAAUUUACUGUUGUGACUGGUGUUUAUAUAAAACUGUUAAUAAACAACAAUAUGAAAACCAUGUAAUGGAUCAUAAGAAUGGUUUGAUAAAGACAGAACCUGUUGUUAAGGAAAUACAGUUGGGUCCAUUACAAAUAGUUAAAAUCCCCGAAACAAAAAGGCCUGGAACCAUGAUUUUGGGUCCAAAUUUAUCUACAGUGUACACAAGUGUAGCCAACAAUCAGAAUAUAUUACAGGUAUUACAGACUCAUGCUACCCAGAAUUCCAACAUACAGGAAGUGCUUCAGCCACAUGUUACCCAGAAUUCCAAUGCACAGGAAGUUAUAGAAACAUCUGGUACACAGCCUGUUCUGCAAACACAACCACUUAUUCUGGAAGAUGGACAAGUUAACCAGUUACAACUACAAAUGAAUGAAAACAAUGAAAAUGUCAUUGUAGAAGAAUUUGGAAAAGAAGUUUUAGCACCCAAUGACAUUGCUGCGGCGCAGCUUAUUUAUUCCACUCUCACCGCCAUUUCCCAGAAUCCUCACAACGGGAAAGAGGACAUAGAUUGUCAGGGUUUAGUCGCUGGUGUCGAGAGUGGUGACAUUCAGACUUCUAUUGAAACAAAUCUAAAAGAAGGGGUGACAACUCAUACUAUAACUUUUCAUCUCCCAGAAGGUGAAGAAAUAACAAGGGAGGUAACUUUACAAGAUCAAACUGAAUCGAAAGACGGUAUAAAUGUGAUACAGUUGGCAGGAAACAAUGAAUGGCAAGAAUGUGACAGUAUAGAUGAGUUUCAGGCAACAAAUUAACGAGAAGUGAAUGAAAAAGUGGAAUGUAUUUAAGCUGAUAAAAUGAAAGAGAAUCUCAGUUUUUAAUAUGGUUUCAAUAAUGUUUGAUUUACCGUAAUGUUAUUGAUACAUGACAGUGCUUUCUAUGUAAUUCUGCAAAUUUAAUGUUAUUAGUCUUAAAUGUUUCAGGUCUUAUUUGAUCUUCUUCAAACUUUGUCAAAGGACGUUUUGUUAUAGAUCAUAAGGGUAACUAUUUCAAAUUAAGAAGAAAAUAAAAUCUUGUUAUAAAUAUAGAGAGACUUAUAAAUAACGUUAGAAUAUUGGUUGUUUUUGGAAGUAUGAAAUAAAAGUAAGUGUGCUCAGGUGAGUAAUAAAAUAAAAGGGCCAUUAUUGUUUGUUAAUGAUGAAUUUUAUGAUUUAUCAUAAUUACAUAAUACAAUGUAUUAAUGAGAUGUAAUUUGAUAAAAAAAAAUCAAAUGCCUCAAAAGAAACAUGUUUUGAAAAUGUUGAGUGAGAUAAUUACUUAUUUAUCAAGUUUUGUUUUGUUAAAAAUAAAUUUUGGUUAAAAUU